CGUGUUYCUUUUUCGUUCCUUCGCUCUUCCUGCACUGCACGUCUUGUCUCGUCUCAGAAGCAUCUUGAACAAUGGGCUUUGGCGAUYUGAAAACCCCUGGCGGCCUCAAGGUCCUCAACGACUUUUUAGCCGACAAGAGCUACAUCGAGGGGUGGGUGCCCUCCCAGGCCGACGUGGCUGUGUUCGAUGCAAUCUCCUCAGCCCCCUCAACAGUGCUGUGCCAUGCUCUUCGCUGGUACAACCACAUCAAGUCAUUCCAGAACCAGAAGGGCAGUCUGCCAGGAGUAAAGAAGCCCCUGGGCCAGUAUGGUCCUGCUGGGGUGGAGGACAAGACAGCUGCAGACUCAAAGGAUGAUGAUGAUGACAUGGACCUGUUUGGCUCUGAUGAAGAGGAGGACGCAGAGGCAGAAAAGCUGAAGGAGGAGAGAAUCGCAGCGUACGCCGCCAAGAAGUCAAAGAAGCCCACACUCAUCGCCAAGUCAUCGAUCCUGCUUGAUGUGAAACCGUGGGAUGAUGAGACGGACAUGGCCAAGCUGGAGGAGUGUGUUCGCAGCAUCUCAAUGGCCGGCCUGCUUUGGGGACAGUCCAAGCUGGUACCAGUGGGCUAUGGCAUCAAGAAGCUGCAGAUCGGGUGUGUGGUAGAGGACGACAAGGUGGGAACAGAUCAGCUGGAGGAACAGAUUACAGCCUUCGAGGACUACGUCCAGUCUAUGGAUGUGGCUGCCUUCAACAAGAUCUAAAACUCAAACACUUACCAACAAAGACACUGAGCACUUUGGGGCUGCAAUAAAAAGCACUUCAGAUGGAA